AUGGUUGAAACAACCUCGACGCCCUUUUCGUCGUUCUCCUUCAAAGCAAUUGUUGAUCUCGUGCUUUAUUUCCCACUUUUCUCGUAUCUCUUCGGUUUCUUCCAGGACUUCUGUAUCGAAGUCAUGAAAACAGGUCCCAUUCCAAACCAUGUAGCUCUUAUUAUGGAUGGCAAUAGAAGAUACUCCAAAGCCAAGAACUUGCCUCUUAAAGAGGGUCACAUUUCGGGGGCAGAAACGUUGCUCACCGUACUAGACGUCUGCUAUAGACUCGGAAUUGAUCAUGUCACCAUCUAUGCCUUCUCUAUCGAGAACUUCAAUCGAUCUCAGGAAGAAGUCGAUACUCUCUUUGGCUUGUUGAGAGAUAAGAUCACCCAGAUUUCUGAACAUGAAGAUUCUUAUGCUCGUUUCAAUAAUGUCAGAAUCAGGAUCAUUGGAAACAGAACUUACAUUCCACCAGAUAUCCUUGCAGAUCUCGAAAGAGCAGAGCUUGUCACCAAGGAUUCCAAACACAACCGUACUCUCAAUGUUUGUUUUCCUUAUACUUCAAGAGAUGAUAUUGCAAUUUCCAUGAAGAAUAUUGCGGAAAAGGUGCAAGUCCAAGAGAUUCCUUCCAAGGACGAAAUCACUUUACAAACUUUGAAAGAAAACAAUUACUUUGGUGCCGACGUGCCAGAGUUGGAUAUCUUGAUUAGAACAAGUGGUCACACUAGACUCAGCGACUUCAUGCUCUGGCAGGCUAAUUUCAAUUGCAUGAUUGAAUUCGUCGACACAUUAUGGCCAGACUUCAAGUUCUUCUCUAUCACAUCUGUCAUCUUGAAAUGGAGCUACUACAAGACUCUUCAGAUCCAACAGUUCGAAGCUCAGGGAAUUAAAGACGACGAAGACCGUUCCAGAAAAAUGAAGAAGCUUAUGGAAUUACCUCCUCCACCGCCUAUCGCUUCAGUAUCCCAGCGCUGA